UUAUUUAUAUUCUCUCGAAUUCCCAUUCGAAUAGAACAACGAUUCGUAUAGGUUUUCUCUCAAAUCCAAGAAUUUGAUAUACGGUCAACAAAAUGGGGGAUGAAGAAGCAGCUAUGGAACAAGAGAAGCUCUCAUGUAAUAAUCCAAGGACGGUUCCCAUCACAGAGGCCCAAUUCCUAUCCUGGAAGCGCCAGAAGGAUGCUGAGGCAUCUGCUAAAAGAGAUGAAACAGCAAGGAAACGUGCGGAAGAUAUUGCCUUAGGAGCGGUGCAAAUGAAUGGACGUGAGCUUUUCUUGCACCAACCAUGGGUGUUUGAUAAUUCUCAAUAUUGAGGAAUCUUAUAUUAUUAUCUUUUUGAGAUUAUUCUUGAGGAAAUAUAUACACUAUGGAACUUGUGAGUUCUGGUACGCCUGACGAACGAAGAAAGCUUUUGGAGCUGUAAGUUGAAUCUGUAAUGUAAUAACUAUGAGCUGAAGAAGGUAGUGCGAUUAUCUAUCUAUGGUCUCAACGUAUUGAUCUAUGAUGAACUUAAUGAUGAGUAAUAUGAAAGAAGAAGCAGUGAUCAAGAGAUCACCUUAAACUUAGGGGGAGUAUGAAGACAUCUUCAAAAAGAUUCACUCAUAUGUUUAUGGAGAGUCUGAAUUCUUAAGUUAUGAAGUACUUUAAGAUAGUCACAUAUCUAAGCAGAAUACCACUUGCUGUAUUGAUGUAUAUUGACUAUUGUGAAUCUUAAUAAUAUUACUCAUUUGAUCUA